AUGGAAGCAAUAACUCUCAACCAAUUGCACUCCAUGGUUGAUGCCAUGACUGGGAGCUGCGAUCACAUUCUGUUCAUGCUAAGGAAUAUCCAAGAACAAUGGCACGAUGCACCAUACUUCCCAACGCCGAUUAUGGAGAGUUGUCAAGAGCUUCAUCAAACGAUAUCUCAGUUUCGUGACCACCUGAGCGAUGAAAUGAGUCUCCCCCUCGACGCCCUUCAUUCUAUCCUUAGUUCAUUUCAGAGGGUUCUGAAUCGGGUUGAGAAGAGUGCCCAAGAGAUACAACCAAGAGGAAACGAUGCCGCAGAUAGAAAUCUAUGGCGACAGUUCAGACGUGAGGACUCGGAUUCCACGCUCAAGAACUGCAGCAAUGAGCUCGAUAAACAAAACAGCUCCAUCGAAAGCCUCGUGGUUAUUCUCAAGCUACCGCUAGGCCAGAGGCAACGUUCCUUCGACCAACUUCAUUCUGAGAUCAAAGAACAGGGCGCUAGCUCAGUGAUCGGAGCCUCCCGUAGUGCGAGCUUCUCAUUCAGUGUGUUCGGAUUUCCCUCUCGGAAACCCUCUAAUAGUUUUCGACGACAGGCCAUCGAAGCCAUGUCAGUUUCCUCGGUCGGAUGGUUGGUUCUCAUAAGCUUAGUGUGCGGGGUCAUCUGCUCUCUACUCAUACCGGAUAUCAAUGUAAAGGGCAAAUUUCAAGCCGGCAUUACUGGUAUCACAUCAUCUGGCGUUUGGGUCAUACGGUUGAUUGAAGAACUGGUAAGAGCGGUCGUAACGUUUGUAUGGGCAUUGUGGCCACGCUGGUUGUCGUGGGAUAAGCUCCAGGCCUUCUGCUUCAGACCUCCUGGGGCAUCACACAUUCCCAAGUCUGCUAGCCGGGAAGAACUGAGUGUGGCCCUUCUGGAAGCGGCUACGGUUGGUUCGCUACGAGACGCAACAGCCCUCCUAAAACGAGGAGCGCGAUGCACCGUACGGGACGAAAAUCUUAUGACACCCUUGCAUUUAGCAGCAAGUUGGGGACACUACGCUAUCGUAAAACUCCUACUAGGCUACAAAAACAAGGACUGGUACGCCCAAGGCGGUAUGACACCCAUACAUCUUGCAGCAAAAUACGGCCACAGCAAGGUGGUGAAGCUCCUGAUAUCAAAUGGUGGGCACGAUUGGAUAAAUGAUAGGGCUGAUAGUCCAGCCACCUUACAGAGGUUCAAGUUUCCACGAGUCAUCUCACACGAAAAGACCUUUUCGGCACGAGAACUGGCAGCUAUAUAUUGUCACGAAAACGCGGUGCUUGCUUUCCCAUCGACCAAGAAAGACGACAUUCUUCACGCCAUGUCAUCUGCAUGUGCAUUAGGAAACCAGAGCAUGGUAGAGACGAUUUGGCGUCAUCACAAGCAGAGGUCAUACUUCAAGAGACAUUCAAACCCAACAAGACUGGUCAGCACGUUCCAUGCACCGCCGCUUCACUUGGCCGUCACUUCCGGAAACCCUGCCCUUGUCGCUUAUCUCCUCGAACGUGGUUUUCCCGUCAAUGAUCAAAGCACAGCCAAGGAGUCGCAGUAUAGCUCCCCUGCGCACUAUGCCGCUAUAACUGGCUCCGUAGAGAUUCUUUAUCUCUUAAAGAGUAGCGGAGGCGCCAUGACAAGCUUGGAUUUCAGGAACCGGACACCGCUGUCGUAUGCUGUUGAGAAUGAGCAUAUACAGGCGGUUUCAUUUUUGGUGAGGCAGGCGUCUUUGUAUCGAAGCACGUCUAGUAAAGAUGCAGUGACUUUUCACCUCGGCUCGGGACACAGAGAGCAUAUUAAAGGUUGGAAUGUUAUGAAUGGCGAAAUAAGGAAAAUUCUUAAACAGAUAGAAAUUUGA